GCUGAAGUUGCUGAAGCAAAGGAUAAAUAUAUCAGAUUGUACUCUGAAUUCGAGAAUUUCAGAAGACGCACAGCCAAAGAAAAAAUUGACACCAUCAUGAAUGCCACUGAAGGCUUAAUGAAGGAAUUGAUUCCCGUUCUGGAUGAUUUUGAGCGUGCUCAAAAAUCGAUGGAAACUUCAGAAGAUGUAAAAGCUAUCAAAGAAGGUGUUGAUUUGAUAUUCAAUAAAUUCCAGAAAACGCUUGCCUCAAAAGGCCUAAAAGCAAUGGAAUCUAAAGACCAAGUUUUUGACGUGGAAUUGCACGAGUGCAUUACACAAUUUGCUGCCGGAGACGACAAAAAAGGAAAAGUUGUUGACGAAGUAGAAAAAGGCUACUACCUUAAUGAUAAGCUAAAAAAUAUGGCAAAAAAAGAUUAUUAUGAUUUGUUGGGCGUUGCCAAGAACGUCAGUGCGGAUGAUUUAAAGAAAGCCUAUAGAAAAUUGGCAAUUAAAUAUCACCCUGACAAAAAUCCUGGUGACAAAGAGGCGGAAGAGAAAUUCAAGGAAAUAGCCGAAGCCUAUGGCGUUUUGUCAGACCCUGACAAAAAGGCAAGAUAUGACAGAUACGGUCACGAAGGAGUAGGCGGUGCCAGUGGCUUUGGCGGUGCCGGAGGCGUAAAUAUGGAAGACAUUUUCAGCCAAUUUGGUGACAUUUUUGGUGAUGGAAGUCCAUUUGGAAGUUUCUUUGGCGGUGGCGGUAGAUCUGGUGGCGGAAGAAGAGCAGUUAGAAAAGGCUCAGACUUAAGAAUAAAACUAAAACUUAACGUAGAGGAAAUUGCGAACGGCGUUGAGAAAAAAAUAAAAGUAAAACGCUACGUAGCUUGUAAAGUUUGUACUGGAAACGGUUCAAAACAUGGCACAUCGCUGCAAACAUGCGGAACUUGUCAAGGUUCGGGCCAAAUCAGACGAGUGCAACAGACCAUGUUAGGUCAGAUGGUGACAACUAAUACGUGCCACACAUGUAAUGGAGAAGGC